CGAAAAGGUUCCCGAGGAAUCCGAGAGCCUGUCGUCUCUUGGGAUUAAAUUGUCUGAUGAAGUUUUUGACGAGAGAACUACUUUAGAUAGAAUUAAUUUUUUGAUGAGUUUACACGAUGGUAUAAAUAGAGAGAGUACUGAGGCGAAAGGAGGAACCCCAAGGGAUACAUUAAUAACAGGGGACGACUUAGUUAAAGUUGUUCAGGCAUCAGAAAUAUCUCUUGAUGCGGAGUCUGCAGAAACUAAAAUAUUAGCUUCGCUGGUACCCGAUGAAAUAAUCUAUGACAUUGAAGAUUAUAGUAUAAGAAAUAUAGAAGGUGCAUUACUUUUUGGGGAUGUUUCUGGUUUCACCGAACUGUGUGAAAAGUACAACAAAGUAGAUAAAGGUGGGUCUUCGAGAUUAACUCAGAUUUUAAACAGUUAUAUUGGAGCAAUGGUUCAAGAAAUAAUGUCUCAUAAUGGGGAUAUUUUAAAAUUUUCGGGAGAUGCUUUCGUUGUAGUAUGGAAACAAACAGAAUCUGUGCCUAUGCGAGAUGUUGUCCAUGCCGCUAUAGAUUGUGGAUUGAUUAUACAAAAAUCGUAUGGGUCUUACGACACCGAUGUAGAUGUAACCAUAAGAGUCAAAUUGAUCAUAUCUUGCGGUACAUUUCAAUUUUCUAUAAUAGGCGAUAAGUCAAAUUCACAUUAUUUGGAAGUCGGUGAACCAAUUUGGGAUAUUAAGGCCGCAGAUGGAAAAAGUGGUCCAGGGGAUGUAGUGGUAACUCCUAAUGCUUGGCAACAUAUAAACACCAAUGAAUAUGUCUUCAAUAAGGUUUCCGAUGGUCAACAUAUUAGAGUUUUAAGUAUAGGUCCAAUUUGGAGAGCGGUUACUAAAAAAAAUAAAGAACAUAUAGAUGAAGAAAGUGAAUUUGCUUUGCGACCAGCGGUCAACUAUGCAGUUGCAUCAAGGUUAAAAGAAUCCAUGAGAAGGUUCAUUAUAAAACCUAUAAUGGAUGCAAUCGAUUUGGGCGAAUCAUUGGAUUAUCUAACAGAAGUGAGAUAUGUUGCCACUAUCAUGUUGGAUAUCAUAUUAACUGAUGUGGAUAGACCUGGAAUGGUUUUAAAAGUUGCUAAUCAAAUUUAUAAAUGUGUUUGCAGUGCCUCACAUGCUUAUUAUGGUAUUGUCAAUAAAAUAAAUUUUUUCGACAAAGAUCUAAUGGUUCUGGUUAUAUUUGGUUUACGAGGUUACAAAAUGAAUAACGAAUGUGAACGGGCACUUAAGUGUGCAACUGAACUUCGAACACAACUAAUGAAUAUUCGACUGGUUAGGCAAGUUUCAAUUGGAGUAACUACCGUGACUGCAGAAAGAAUGCUGGGCAAAGAAAGAUUAAUGAGCGAAUUUGCAUAUGUUGUACCGGCCGAUGUACCUAGUGUAAUAUGCAAUAUAAUUGAAGAAGACAAAAAGAUUCCUUACGUUACAAUACGAUAUAUAUAUCUAAAAGCUUUGGGACUUACUGAAGAAUCUACAACUUCCCAACAUUCAGAAUAUUCUAUUUCAUUGAAAUCAAUACAUAAUGAUAAUAUUAAAAGAAUACACUUGAGUCCACUUAAUAAUGCUUAUCAUGGUGCCAUGGCUUGCCAAUUAAUGCAUGUUGAAGCAAUAACUCCUGAGUUAGAGAGGAUGCUUCAAAGCUUAAGUGAGGGGAAACCAGGAUGGAUGGAGAAUUUUUUGAUCAGUUUAAUACAAUCAUCUGAAAUAAUAGUCAGAAAUAUGACUUACAAAGAAGCAUAUGAUCGAGGUUUACAAAUGCCACCAACGCAUAUGAUAAAACGAAUAUCCGAAUGGGAGAAACGAAAAAUAAUAAAGGGUGUAAUGGAAAAUGAUGAUAAUUUGGAAUGGCACAUUUAUCAGGAUUGUUAUAGAGAAAGCUUUACAGAUCUUUCGGACAUCGAAGCUUUCGAGCUAAAAUUUAAAAAUGAAAGAGUAAUAACCGCUGCAACUAUAGGUACUUUUUUUAGUCCUGAAUCGUUAGACUUGGAAACAACAAUGGAUGUAGUCAUGAUAAAAAUUUUCGACUUACUGACUUCCUAUCAACAAUUAGUGAUUAAGUGCACAUCUAUAUUAAAAUCAGAUAUUCCUAGGAAUAUGUUAGUAUUCAUCAUGAAUACAGGUACAAAGAGGAAAACUGCGAUAGCAAUUAAAACAUUAUUCGAAAAAGAAGUUUUAUGUUGUGCACAUGGAAACUUCUUAGAAGCGAAUGAAACAAUGAUAUUUAAAGGUCGUUUGAUGUCGCCUUUGACUGUAAAACAAAUUAAGUGUGAGUGUAAAGGUAUUAUAAUUGACGAAACUUGUGAGGAUCUUCCAAAAUAUGCAUCCUGUGGGUAUUUGAGAUUCCGUAUGUCCGGUUUCCGCUCCAUUAUUUACAAUUUAUUAACUGAUAUGCAAAAAAAGGAAUUUCAUAACCGAGCUAUGAAGUUUUUAGAGAGGGAGAGUCGUAGAUGUAAAAGUUGUGGAGGUGGAAUUUUUCCAGAUAUUUUGGGGGAACCCAAGAAAAACGCAUGGAAGCCUAGGAAACCUCAAAGAAGACCACGUGCGGAUGUGAAUAGGGAUAUCUUUAUGGAAUAUAUGGAGGUGGAGAAGGAGACAAGAAGAACUUCAAAAACAAGUAUGAGUGUUGUUGGUUCCAGUUUAUCAAAACACAAACCGACCAGAGCCGCUAACUAUAACUCACUCGAUAAUUAUUCUGAAAAAAUGUCUUAUAACUCAAGUGUAAGUCAGGGACUUAUAGGCAUACAAAAUAUGAAAAAAUUGAAGAAACAAGAGAAACUAAUGAAAACUUUUUCGAACAUUGAUUUUUCAGAGUGCCAGUGUCAUUUGAUUUUAUUCAGUAUAUUUGCUGAAUUACUAGAACAUUGUAAGGGUGCAGAGAAUUAUGAUAAAAUGAUGGAGGUUAUGUUAACUCAUGCAAAUAUAUGUAUUGAAUACGGAAGCUAUUACGAAGCACAAAGCAUUCUCAAAGAGGCAAUGAAUUUAUUGGAUAACUUAGCGUACAGCUCAAAAUAUUUAAAAUGGAUGCUGGACAUAAAAAGAGGAAAAGUGUUGACGUUAAUGGGAUAUGCAUAUUUUGCUUUGAAUCACUAUGAAAAAGCUUACGAAUUUUAUCAAUCUGCCUUAGCUAGUUAUGGUUGCGAGUUUCCUUGGAGCAAUAUAGAGAAAAAGUUAAAAUUGUUUUAUGGACGUUUAAAACACAAAAUAAGGUUUUUCAUGUGUAGGGAUGGCUUCAAGGAUAAAGAAAGCGUUUACGCUCAAUUUUAUGAUGAUGUUUCGGAAUGUUUGUAUCAUUUUUCUGUGAUCACUUCGUACAUGGGUAAAACAGACCUUUCUAUGCUAUCGGCAGUUUGGUCUUUGGAAAAAGCUUUGCAGUCCUCAAUGAAUUAUGUACGCCUUUGUAACGCUUAUGCACAAAUGAUUCGGAUGCAGUCUAAAUUCAGAAUAUGUAGGUUUUCAAUAGCAUUAGAAACCUAUGCUUUAAGAAUGGUCCAUUUUAUAAAAUAUAUAACUAUGCCUGAAGAUAUUAAGGCAACCGCUAGGCUAUAUGCCUCUAUAUUCGAAGCAAGAUUGUGUAGAUCAGAAUUAACCUUGGCUAUGGAAACUGGUUACAUCACUUGGAGAUUGGGUAACUCGAAAAGAUCUAAUGUGCUGCUAAUGAAAUUUCUACCUUUAUUCGCAUUAAAUGCAAUGUAUAGAAAUUUGAUUAAUGAGGCAGUUGUCAUAUUACAAGAACUUGAAUUUUUUGUAAAUGAAGAACGUGAUUUAACAGGGAAAUUGACAUUUUAUACUAUGUGUAUCAUUACUCAGCUAGAAACAUGUUUCACUGUAGAAUCAUUUAGAAGUGUGGAAGAUUUUAUAAAAACGGAAGGUUACAUUAUUAAUAUCAAAGAUCCCCGGGCUAAAAGCAGAUUUGCUGCGGUAAUGUGGCUUUGGUGCAUUAGAAAUGAAUACUAUGAAACAGCCGAAAUGUGGAAAGAUCAAGCAUUUCAAUUGGUCACUAAUGAACAGAUAUUUAUCAAGUUUGACGUUAUAUGUGCCUUGUACCUUCUUGAAGGGCAAAUUUUAUGUUUGGUUCAUCAGCUAGACAGAAAGGGCACUGAAGAAUGCUUUAUGUUACAAAAGAGUAUUAGAAAAUUGAUAAAUAAUUUGAGUAUCAUUAAAGAUAAAUUUGUGAUAAUAAAGCCUAGAUUAAUGCAUAUGAAGACUUAUUUCACGUUGGCCUUGUCAAACAACUAUAGUUGUAUUGGUGGAAUAUUGAAGGCUAAGGAUUUUUCGAUUAAAUGUGGAAAUUUAUUGGAAAGAGAUUUUCUUGAUCAUACCUAUAAGGCAUGGACAGAAAGCCUCCCUCAAGGACAAAUAGAUUUUUGGAAAGAUCAUUGUGAAGAGAAUCUCAUUGAUGUCCACGAAACUGGACACAUAGAAGGUGCUCCAGGAUUUUUUACUCUUCCUGUUCCGAUUUAUAUGUAAAUUUUCAUUUAACGCUAAUUAUUAAAAUGCUAUUAGUUGGGAGUGAGAAGCCAAGGAGUUAUUGUAUUUUUACCAUACAAUAAACAAUAAAAUCAAUUUUAUUUGAUGAA